AGAGAACCGCAAUCGCCCUUCCUCGCUCUGCCUUCGCAAUAAACAGAAAAUCGAUUGCGCGAUAACUCUUCGACUUCGCUCUGUUUAGUCUCUGGAAUCCUCUUUAUAUAUCAAUGGGUGGUGUUUGCUUGGUUUUUAACAAAGUUCAUAGGAGUUUUUCUUGGACUGACUUUGUUUGCAGAUUGAUCAAUGGAUGCACUUGACAUAGCAGCUCUUAGCAAAGCAGUUGAGGGAGAGAAUUUAUCUAACCUCCUGGAAGAUAACAUAGCUGUGGCAGGGAGAACAGAUUCAUGGAUGUUGAACCACACUAGUCAAGAUGAGAUUCAUGAAGCUGUAUUGGCACAACCAAACCAGGUUGGCACAAGCAGAGGAGCAAAUCUAUGGAGAAAAGCAGCUCUGGGGAUUGCACAAGACAGGAUUGCAAGGAAAAGAUUGAGCGAUAAGGCUUAUCGUGAGCGAUGUAAGGAAGGGAAAAACAAAAUGCAGGAUGAGUUAGAUAAGCUGACAGUAGAAAACAAGCUUGUGAAGUUCGCAAAUCAAUCGAUAAGAACUGAAAUAGAUUCUAUGAAUCUAAAACUGCAAUCAGCAGCUCAGGAGACAAAACAACUCCAAAGUGCAAUGAACAAAUUGAGGCGUCAAAAUGGAUGCCAACAAGUUCUUAUGGAAGCAUUUCUGCAAAAGAUGGUUGGGUCCAGAGAUGGAGAUCACCGGCUUGACAAGCUAACGCAUGAAAUUACAAAAUUACGCCAAAAUGUUGUUUUCACUGGGUGGAUGGGAGAGACGAUGCAACUUCUAAAUAGGGUUGCAGAGUUAGAACAUCAGAAUAGGGAUCUCAAAGUGCAAGUUCAAGCUUUGUGUGAGAAGAUAAGCAAUGACAAAGAUGUUGAAGGCUCCUCUAGUAUAGUUUAAUUUAACUUGGAUAGGUAUGGCUACCUAUGAGUUGUAACAAAUGCACUAUUUGUGGCUUGUGUUUCUUCAAAUUUUACAACUUCUUACUUCUAACAGAGUAGAUUAUCAGUUCCUUAAUUUACAUCAAAUACUCGAGA